ACAUGCAACACUUUUACCCUGGGCUGCAGACACCAAGUCAGGAUACACAGCCUGGAAGACACACAGACCAGGCAAGCGCCAUGGCUUCAAAUGUAACAACAGCUGGAGGGUUUGUUAUCGUUACUCACAAGUACCCCCUGAGCAGUGCUGGCCAGGCUGCAUCAGGAACAGUGGCAAGCCAGCUGCCAGGGUCGAUGCAGACAUUUCUACGAGGACAGCCCAAAGCUUUGGGGGUCGUGCAAAUAAUAAUUGGGAUUGUGAGUCUGCUGUUUGGUCCUGUCCUGGUGAAUGUGUACAUAUUUGCAGGAGACAUUGGAUUACCUUUCUGGACUGGUGUAUGGUAUAUUAUCUCUGGAUCCCUGGCUGUUGCAGCUGAGAAUAUCCACAGAAGAGAUCUGGUGAAGGCAUGUUUAGGAAUGAACAUUAUCAGUUCUAUUUUUGCUGGAGUUGGAUUUAUUCUCUAUUCAGUAGACCUGUCCAUAAGAACUUCGACAAUCCAACAUGUAGGCAUUGUGGCAGUUCUUCUGGUCCUGAACAUUCUGGAGAUGUGCAUCGCUAUCGCUACAUCAGCCUUUGGAUGCAAAUCUGAAUGCAGUUACAUUGACAUGCCAGAGGUUGCUUUUCAACAGGCAUGAAUCCAGUGACCUGGGUGCAGAUUUGCUGAAUCGAACUAUAAGAAGCAUGCAGUCAAGAAGACAACUGUCCCUCCGCCUCCUCCAGCAAAGCUUAGCCAGCGCUAAAGACUUCAUCUCUGCAAGGUGUUAUUAUCAGAACAAGUUAAACAACAAUGAAAUCCUCCCAUGUGUAAACUGUCAGGGAAUUUGUAUUGAUAUGAAAAUGAAAACGUGUUCAUUUGUUUUGGAUCAUUUGCUUCUUUUGCUUAUAUUUUCAAUAAGAUCAUUUGUAUUUUAAAGCUGAAAUGUUUCACAUGUUCAGUUAUUAUAUUGGUUUUAUAUUUUAAUGUUUUCAGUAGCAAUAAUGAAAAAGAAACAUGGUAGGCAAAUGGUAUAUGGAAGUGAUACAUUGAGAUAUGUUUUGGUAUUUAUUGCUUUGCUUAAUAAAAAAAAUAAAAAAAAAAUAUCUUAGAAUUUCCAUCUUCCAUCCCAGGCAAACACUUUUAGUCUAGAUCUAUUUGUAUCUAAAGGUAAUUUAUAUCUUUUUACCUGUUAAACCCAGGGUGGAAUAGCCCUCCAGGACCGUGAUUGGACCCCUGCUCUAACACUAGGGCACAAUGAGCAUGCACCUCAUUUUGAUGAGCAAACUGCCUUUACCCUGUAAUGCAAUUGUGGUGACAUGCUUUGCCCCAUCCUUUACUGUCUGCGUUAGUGCCAG